AAUAACUUAUGUUAUCUUAAGGCUAUAGCAAACGUAAAAGACAAACACGAUCGUUCUGCACCAUCAAAUUACCAUUGGAAGAUACUUAAAUGCAGGAUGAUUAUAUUUUCAGCUUCUUCUAUAUUAUCUUGUCCCGAUAAAAAUGAUGUUAAGCAAAUUCAUAUUAUUUUUAAUAAAAUAGGUGAUGAUUAUGACCGUUUAAAUUCACUAUUUUUAAAAUAUUCUUUGAUUCAAGACGGCAGCAUUCGUCAAGUAACAUCUGAUGUUUAUUCAAUGUGCUUCUUUUAUACAAUGUCAGCUAAAAUUGCACCCGUAUGGAAUUAUAUAGGUCCAAAUUAUUUUAUUAAUAACCGAGAUUUCUUAAAAGUUUUUGGUCCUCAAGAUGGUAUAAAAUUGAAACUAUAUGUAAACGACGACUACACAAUGUUAGAAUUAAAACCAGUUAAAAUAAAUCUAAUGAAAUCGAAAGAAAACUUUCUUCCCGGGGAAAGUAUAACAGUCCUACCGAGCUUGAACAAGGCUAUAAUUGAAGAAUACAGCAAGUCUUUGCCAAAGUCUGGAGUUUUUAAGUGUUACAAGGAUAUACGUCGACACUGGAAAAAUAUUCAUGGAUAUCGAUUGCCCGACGAAGAAUAUUCAUACUACAAAGUUCGGUUUUGGCGCGGCGAACCACUGACGUAUCCAGAGGUUUGCCUUCUAAGAAGCUAUCCUAUCAUCACGCCGUUACCUAAAAAUGCAGAAAAUUUAAUAUUAUCGAAGUUUAUUAGCACAAUUAAGCUUAAAAUGUCGUUCAUUCUCGGGGUUCCUCUAAAGAUAACGAAUGACUCGUAUCAUCAUGAAAACGGUUAUGAUAAUGUACUAAACGGUAAAUUAACAGAAACUCAAUUAAUAAGUCUCUGCACGCCAACACAACAUUAA